AUGGAUUCUGAAGAAAGCCCAAUCGAAACAGAACAGGCGCCAGUUGUUCCAGUUCCCGCGCCUGUUCCAGUUACAGCCGUGCCAGAACUUGACGAUGUAAGUCUCUCUGUUCCAACAGAUCCUGUUGGCGAAGAAGCUGAAGCCGAGAAAGAAAAUGUCGCUGAAAACGGAGACGAAAGAGAUGAAAAUGUAUCAAAGAUUUUAAACAGGAAUUACUAUCAGAUUGCGCAUGAUCUUCAGCAGCAUGAUGGAAGUGGUGAUACUGGAGGUAACGGAUCACUUCUACCGGAGGAUGAAGAUCCACUUGACGCAUCUUCCUCUAAAAAGACCACCGAUCAUAUAAAUACAGAGGAAGAAGAGCAUCUUGACGCAGUCGGUGGACCACUAGAAGUCGUUGUUGCGAAUCCCGAGAAAACGCAAACCCCCAUGGAGUCAUUCAUCACGUAUGAGGUGAAAACGGAAACUGCCAGGUUGGAAUACGCCGCGUCGAGUUUAUGUAUUCGUCGGCGAUUUCAGGAUUUUAUUUGGCUCAAGGAGAAACUCGAGACACAUCACCCUGGUUGUCUUAUUCCUCCACUCCCAUCAAAACAGCAUAUGAAAGGCAUUCUCGAUAAAUUCUCAGUCGAGUUUGUCCGGAAACGAUGCAUUCAACUCAACGCGUUUGUACGCCGGGUCUCUGCUCAUCCAAAACUUACUCGUUCCAAAUUCUUGCGAAAGUUCCUUACUCUUCCGAGCAGCGAUUUCACGCUCGUUCGGAAAAGCGAAUCGUCCGGAUUUGCAUCUAAACUAACAAACAUGACGAAGCUCAUUUCACCAAUGACCAUCAAGCCCAAAUGGACAGCUGAAAGCGAAACACAAGAAAAGCUCCAGCACAGAAUGGAGGGCCUCGAGCGCAACACAGAAGUCCUCGGAAAUAUUGCCCAGAAACAUAUCGACUACUAUGACUUGCUACUGCCGAGCAUUAUCAAUUGGGAGAAGAGCGAGACUAAGGAAGAUCUUUGCAACUCAUUAAGUAAAUUUCGCGUUGCAACUGCUGGAUCAAAGGAAUGCGCAGAGACUCUUCACUCGAAGCUUGCUGAAAACAUCCAGCCAGUAUUUACUGAAUAUGGUCGCUACUCAGAUUCUGUAAAAAGACUUCUGAAGAGAAGAGAUGCUUCUCAAGCUGAAGUUGAAGAUUUCCAGGAAACAAUCAGUUCAAAAAAGGCCGACGAAAACGCAACGCGUCUUGGAAAAUUCACAAUCGCAGGGAUGUUGAGUGGCAAUAGCGAAAGCCAGCGACAAGAAAGAAUCUCGAAGCUUCAGGUCGAAAUAAAAGAGUUCGAAGCCGCGGAGAAAUGCGCAGCAAAGAAUCUUGAAGCUUUGGAAGAGGAGGCGAAGGAUGAGAUCUUGAAAUAUAACCAGCAGCGCGCGUGA